AUGAUGGAUCGUAGUGCGAGAGCCGUAGAUCCAGUGGCGGGCGGCAGGUGGUGGUGCGGGCCGGAGGGUUUCGGCGUGGCGACCUCUGCCACCGACCCAUUAGCGCUUCCUGCCCGCGGCCGCGACGCAAUUACAACGGGCCGCGGGGGCCGCUAUAAAUACCCGCCCGCUGGACAGCGUGGUACACCACCGUGUCCGGUCGCCACUGGUUACAUCCGAACCACAGGAUCGGACGAGCGGUUUCAUACAAAUGGAACUUGUGGCCCUGUUUCGGCGACCGGACACCACCGUGUCCGGUCGCCACUGGUUACAUCCGAACCACAGGAUCGGACGAGCGGUUUCAUACAAAUGGAACUUGUGGCCCUGUUUCUAAAGCUA